GGAUCAUGUAUUAUGUGUUAUGUAUCCUCCACACAUUAUUAUAUAGCACAAUAUAUGCUGCAGAAUACAAAGUCUUUGAUGAGUCAGGAUUAGCAAUUGGAUCAUUUCAGUACCAAACAAAAAUUGUUAAAAGAGACAUAGUGAAACCAGGAACAAAAACAAUAGUUGCUCAAGAUAACCACACAUAUUACAACUCUAAAGUAUUCACAAAUAGUAGUGCCUGGGUUGAAUUAGACCCUGAGAUUUCACAGCUUAACAAAGAAACACUGCACGAUGGUCUUUCUAGUACCUUCAGAUAUGCUUAUAAUAUACGACUUCCAUUUUCUUUUCCAUUUUACGGUAUUCCCCUAACUUCCAUCACACCCACCACUGGAGGUUUCAUAUUUGUGGGCGAGCUGAUCCACAACCAGCUCACAGCUACGCAGUACAUCGCCCCGCUCAUGGCAGAGUUUAACCCCUCUCUUAGCAACGACUCUCACGUGUUUUAUCACAUCUCAGAUACACGAGCGAUUGUACAGUGGGAUAAUGUGUACGUGCACUCUCAUCGUAAUCCUAACGAUCCAAAUGCAGAGAAAGAUAUGCCGUUCAGUUUCCAAGCACAAUUGUACAUCAACGGUGACAUUAUUUUUGCUUACAAACAGGUCCCUUUCUCAGUAGACAGUAUUGAUGAUGACUCUCAUUACGUUAAGAUUGGAAUUUCUGAAGCAUUCUACGAGGUCGACACCAAACAUGGUAUGACGGUGACCUAUAUCCACGAAUACCACAAAGUUGAUGUACCGUUUGAGCACAUAACGGUGGGCUCCGAAGUUAUGCUCAACGCUCUCACCACUUGCGCCACCGCACAGAGUUGUGCAGCUUGUGCAACGUUAGAGACUACAUUUAACUGUAGUUGGUGCCCAAACGUGCAACAGUGCAGUGACGGAACAUCUCGCUGGAAACAGAACUGGAUAACAGGAAAGUGUAACGAGCCUGACAACUCCGUUACACAGGCUACGGAGUGUCCCAAUGAGAGCGAGGCUGCUUUACCUCCUAAAACUGAUAAAGGGGGAUCCGAAGUUACGCUCAACUCUCUCACCAACUCACCAAAACUCACCAGCUCACCACAACGAGCGUACGAGAUGGUGUUAUGCCAGGAAUCUAAAACAGCUAUAGUGUGCUCAGGAGCAGACACCCUUAUGAUAGAGGAGGCCAGCUUCAGCAGAAUGAAUUAUCACGGGUCCUUCUGUGAAAGCUCCAAAUCUCCAAACGGAAACAAGAAGUGUGCGUAUGAUAACAACAUGGUUAAAGAAAAGGUCUCAGAGAUGUGCAACCACAAAACCAAGUGUUUUGUCCAAGCUACUCAAACAUUCUUUGGUUCGGACCCGUGCCCUGGAGCUGAUAAGACGCUCAAUAUCUACUACAAGUGUAGCGGUUCGAACACAGCAGUUAGAGCCCUGAUAGGAUUCAUUGUAACUCUGAUCCUCCUUAUUGUUAUGAUAUUUGUGGGGUGGUCAGUGUACGCUUACAGGAACCCAACAACCCCCAGUGGACUGUGGCUUAUCAAGUACGGAAGAUUCUGGAAGUCGAGAGCGUACAAGGAAGACACGACCGAGUCUGGUAUUUAGACAGACGUUCACCGCUGCUUUUCUUCUGCAGUUGUUCAAUUCUUCAAGACGUAUUCAGGAGCGAUCCACGCUCUGCCCUAUUGUCAACCGUGAAUGAAGAAAAUUCGUGAUGACUCCCCGACCCGGAUGAUAAUUAACAAAUUCGUUAUGUAUCAUUAUUAGCUGGUAGAAUAAGUUUACUUUUCCCAAUUUGUGCAAAGUUAUAGUUUUUCUUUGGUUGAUGAACAAUAAGAUGCUUUAGUUAUUAAAUUAAUAAAUUAUCAGAGCAUGUUAGAACCACAACAUGUCUUUUGUUCAGAGUUCAGAUUUUAGCUUUUCAGACUGCUCAGUGUGUUGAAUGAUAAUUAUAAAAUAUUUCGUUGUUAUUUUUAUUUUUGUUACUAUGUAUUAGUAUGUAGGAAGAGAUUGUACAGCAUGUAUUGUUCAAGAGGAAGUAAAAUCGCCCUGACGGCAGCAGUAAAGACGAUAAUUUCCACUUUUGUCCACAUUUUUGAUAUGCGAGACUGUUGCCAAAGGGUUACUUUAUGAAAAUGUAAACUUUUGUGUUUAUUAUAUUUUGCGAGUCAAUGUACAUGAAAGGCAAAGUUGUAAAAUUUCGGCGUGUCUCCUUCUCAAUGGUUGUCUUACAAAAACCACUGAUCUUGAAAAAAACACAAAUAAAUGGCUAUACGGUUUUUAAAAGACCGUCUGAUGGAUCAGAUAGUGGAGACUAGUCGAACUUUUCAAAUUUUUUCCCAUAUAAUUCUAACAUAUGUAUGUCCGUGCCCUGUUUUAGAUUUUAAUUCUUGGCAGAGUCUCAAUCCUUUUUUAAAACCAGAUUCGGGUUCAGUAACUUUUUAAUUUUUGUUGGUGUGAUCUAAAAGUAGACAGAAUUGCUCGUUUUAUUUGUGAAAGUGUGCUUAUUUUCUCCAAGCCGUUCAACGUGAGCUGGUUUUACAAUGUUCUAUUGAAAACAGACUGUUAUUCAGUAUUCACUGGUCGCCUUAGCUAGAUUCUUACUAGAUAAUUAUCUAAACAUAUGCUGUUAGUUGUAAGUCAGUGUUAUAGUUUCUUUAAUUAACGAACCUCCAUCCAUAUUGUAAUAUAGGUAAUGCUCGCAUUUGAUGUAUGAGUGUUUGUGAGCAUCUGUGGUUUUAGAAAAUCCAAACUGUUAAUUUAAAUAAAUAUUGGAUGAGUCUUCAAUUUAUUUCCCCAUAUUAGGUAGAAUACCCCCAUACUAUAUUUCUGCUCAAAUUACAUAUUCUGUAGAUUUGUACUUAAAGGAACCAUCAA